UAUAUCUGGUGACGAUGGUUCAGCAGCUUAGUACACGCCAAGCCAAUGAGCAGGUGUGAGACGGAGUGAUCCACUCCACCUGACUGAGAUGACUGGACGAUAACAGGCUGACCCUGAAACAUACGUCUUACUGUCACAAGAGUCUGAGCUGCAGACAAACACCAGGCGUUUCUUUUACUGUCAGAGGAGCAACAUCAUCUUUGUUUCCAUCACAAACAGCCACUCAACAGGAUCCAUAAAUCAUGGCUGUCCUGCAGAAGCUACCCCUCACAGUGGCCCUCUGCCUGCUGCUCCUUGCCACACUGUUACCCAGCUCUGAAGCCCGGCGUGGUGGUGGUCGUGGUGGUUUUGGAGGUGGUGGAUUUAACAGAGGUGGUGGCUCCAGCCGGGGCUGGGGCGGUGGGGGUGGCCAGGCCUACAGACCGGUCCAGAGCAGUGGCCCCAGUGCAGGGAAAGUAGCCGGGGCAGCUGCAGCGGGCGCCAUAGGAGGAGCAAUGAUUGGGUCUGCCCUGAGCCGCCCAGGGUAUGGUGGAGGAUAUGGAGGCUAUGGAGGAGGAUAUGGUGGAGGGUAUGGAGGAUAUGGAGGGGGGUAUGGCUACCCACGAUAUGGAGUUGGUGGUGGCUACGGCCCCAGGCCUGGCUACGAGCCAGAAGGCUCUGGAGAUAUGGAGUACUACACUGCAGCAUCCAGCGGCCCCAUCUACAACAGUAUCAUCGUUGUCAUCGGCUCCCUGAUGUCCAUGCUGAUGGGCCACUGGGUGGCAGUCAUGUAGAGCUGGAGACAGAGCUGGGAUCCCAAAAACACACACACACAGGUCCAAACAAACCUUCAAUAAAAACAACCCACAACCUGGCGGAAAACAGAACUAUUUUCAGUUUAAAGCCUAAUGUGACCUAAAAUAUGACCCUUAAAUAAUGAAAAGCUGUGGCAAGUUUUUGUUUUUUGUUUUAGAAAUAUGUCAGAGUUUGACUCGAAUGGGUUCCACAUUUCUUCUUUAAAGUGCCCAUAUUAUGCUCAUUUUCAGGUUCAUAAUUGUAAUUUGAGAUUGUAUCAGAAUAGGUUCACAUGGUUUAAUUUUCA